ACCCGAAAUGUAAUGAGGCGCAAGAUUUUUAACUAUAGCAACUGCAGCCUGCAGCAUGAUGCAUUGCCUUCAUUAAUUUGCAUUUCAAAGACACAUUUCAUCAGAUCGGAUACUCAAAUCUCUGCCUCACUCUAAAUGGUGGAUUGAGAGACGAAUGAGAAGGAUAAGCAAAAGGGAAUUCUCUCAUAUCGUGAUUUUUCUUCUGUUUUUGUCCUACCUUCCUAAAACCCUUGGUAAAUCUUGAAAAUCUCGGGAAUGGCUGAGCUUAAGAGGUUCGUUACAUCGGAUGAGCUGAAAGCCCACAACAAGAAAGGAGAUCUUUGGAUCUCAAUUCAGGGAAAAGUGUAUGAUGUUUCGGAAUGGGCAAAUCAUCAUCCAGGUGGUGAGUUGCCACUCAUGAAUCUUGGAGGGCAAGAUGCAACUGAUGCGUUUGUUGCUUAUCACCCUGGUGUCACCUGGCAGUUUCUUGACAAAUUCUUCAGUGGGUUUUACUUGAAAGAUUAUUCUGUAUCUGAAGUAUCUAAAGAUUACAGGAAACUUGUGUAUGAGUUCUCAAAGAUGGGCCUGUUUGAGAAGAAAGGACAUGGGGUUUUCAUUACCAUGUGUGUCAUUGCAAUACUGUUUGCUGUGACUGUUUAUGGUGUUCUUUGCUGUGAGGGGAUGUGGUUGCAUUUGCUUUGUGGUGGUUUAAUGGGGUGUCUUUGGAUUCAGAGUGGUUGGAUGGGGCAUGAUUCUGGGCAUUAUCAGGUUAUGAUGACCCCAAAACUUAACAGAUUUGCUCAGUUUCUUUCAGGGAAUUGUCUUGCUGGAGUCAGCAUUGGGUGGUGGAAGAGGAACCACAACGCUCACCACAUUGCUUGCAAUAGCCUUGACUAUGAUCCUGAUCUUCAGCACAUGCCGUUUUUUGCGGUGUCUUCCAAGCUUUUCAGCUCAAUAACUUCUUGUUUCUAUGAUAGGAAAAUGGAUUUUGAUUCUGCUGCUAGGUUCUUGGUUAGCAAUCAGCAUUGCACAUUUUACCCUGUCAUGUGCUUUGCUAGGAUUAACUUGUUCACACAAUCAUUCCUUCUGUUGUUAUCUAAGAAAAGAGUGCCACAUAAAGGCCUGGAGCUUCUCUGUUUGCUGGUGUUUUGGAUUUGGUUCCCUCUGCUCGUCUCUCGUUUGCCCAAUUGGGGUGAAAGAGUGAUGUUUGUUGUUGCUAGCUUUGUUGUGACCGGCAUUCAGCAUGUUCAGUUCUGUUUGAACCACUUCUCAACUAGCGUUUACACCGGACCACCAAAGGGGAAUGACUGGUUUGAGAGGCAAACGAGUGGAUCUCUCGACAUUGAGUGCUAUUCUUGGAUGGAUUGGUUUCAUGGUGGGCUGCAAUUUCAGACUGAGCAUCAUUUGUUUCCAAGAUUGCCUCGUUGCCAGCUGCGUACAAUCUCCCCCUUUGUGAAAGAGCUCUGCAAGAAGCACAAUUUACCUUACAACAUUGCUUCAUUCUGGGAGGCCAAUGCUAUGACAAUCAAAACACUAAAAGUUGCUGCAUUGCAGGCCAGGGAUUUCACUAAACCUGUUCCAAGAAAUUUACUAUGGGAAGCACUAAACACUCAUGGUUGAAUCCAGUGAACAAAGUUGAUGUCUUCGUUACUGCUCCUCGGCCAAUCCGUAGGUACAAUGAUUGGUAAAUGUCUACCCAUUUUCUCUUGGGAUGUCUCAGAAUUGUGCUAUCCCCGGGCGAAGAUAAACCAUAUGUUUCUCUAGUAUGAAUAACUCUUAACAUUUGUUAUUGAGUUCCUUGUAUUGCGGGGCAUAAGUUCACUUCCGUUCCUACUUGUCCUGGUUUAGCAGUGUUGUUGUUUCAGCUGGUGUAAUGAUUUCACAAACAUGUAGAUACAAUCUAUCCUCGUGUGAUACGCGAUAAGUCCGACGGUUUGCUGUUUA